AUGUCUUAUCUUGUUGGUCUUGCCUUCUCCUUUAGAGACCGCCUUGCUGCUGCUGCUGCAGAUGCAGGGGCCCGGGAGCUGCCAGCAGAGGAGACAGCGCUGCUGCAGCGCAACAGAAUGUUGCUGCAGCUUUAUAUGGCUCAGGAUCAGAAGGAAGCAACGCCCGCAGCAGCAGCAGCAGCAGCUGCUGCUGCUGCUGCUGCGGGGGGCGCGACUCCAGCCACCCAAUUCAACCUCAACCAAGAACCUGCAGCAGCAGCAGCAGCUGCAGCAGCUGCAGCAGCAAGCCCGCGUCUUUCAGGGGGUCCUCUGUCUGGGGGCCCCUCUUUCGAUUCCGGGGCUGGCGCUGGUGCUGGUGGGGCCCCGUGUAUGGCAGCAGCAGCUGCUGCUGCUACUGCAGCAGCAGCAGCAGCAGGAUAUAAGGAGGAGCUGCUGCAGGUUGCUGGAGUGGGCCUUGUAGACUUUACUCUACCAGACGGAGUGAAGUUUGAUAAAAGUAAGUUAGCCUUCCGCUGUCUCUGGAGAGAAGGAACAGCACCAGUUCGGCAGCAGCAGCAGCAGCAGCAGCAGCGGCAGCAGCAGCAGCAGCACGACGAGCAGCAGCACGAACUGCAGCACCACGAGAUGCAUCAGCACGAGCACCAACAACACUACCAGCAGCAGCAGCAGCAGCAGCAGGGAAUGGCCUCCCCUAAGACCCCAGCAACUGGGGGAAAGUGGCUGGGGGGCCCCUCACCAGGCAGCAGCGGGGUGAAGCAGCAGAGCCUGCAGCAGCAAAACCGCAGCAGAACCUUCAGCUGCCGCAAGUAUGGUCUAUAUCAAAGCAAAAUAUUAGCAAUUCAGGCCCGUCUAGCUUCUGAGUUGCUGACCCCACAACCACCUGCUCCGUCUCGGAGUCGGAUCCCAGCCCUUGCUGCAGUUGUGUUUGGUUUGCUGCCGCUUCCUGAGCCUCGAGACUCUGCUGUGCAUGCAGUAGAAGGAGAGCCUCUAGCCCCAGGAGACAGAUUGCUGCGGCAGCAGCGCUGGCAUUUGCUGCUGCAGCAGGGAGGUUGGAGGGGAGGCUGCCCCCAUCCCCACUUUGCUGAAGCAGCAGCAGAAGCAGUUGAGGCACUGGGCGGAGAGGCCGCAGUGCAGCACAGAAUCAGCAACAAACGAAAGAGACACACGAGCGCAACCCCCAAACCAGCAGCAAAUCAUCAUCACCACCAGCAACUGCAGCAGCUGCAGCAGCAGCAGCAGCAGCAGCAAGAAGGCAAUCAAACAGGCCAUUUAGGCUCCAGCUUGGGGUCAGAAGACACCUCUUCUGUACCCUCGUCAGCAACGAAUGAACAUCCUGCUGCUGCUGCUGCUUGGGGGGGGGGCCCCUGCUUCCCUCAAGGGGGGCCCCCCGUUAGCCCUUUGGAUUGCGGGAGCUGCUGGGUGUUGCAGCCUCGAGAACCGGGGGAGCCGUCAGCAGCAGCUGCAGCAGGAGGAGGUGGAGCAGCAGGAGGAGCAGCAACAGCAGCAGCAGCAAGUGCUGCUGCUGUUGCUUCAUUAGGUUCUCGUUCUUUAUUGAGUUGUGUCUGGGAAGAAAAUGCAAAUCGCUGGAGAGUGACUAUAGGCGAAGCAGAAGAGGCAAGGGCUUGCAGCAGCGGGGGCCCCUCAGGGGAGGGGGGCCCCCAAGGCCCUUCUUCUACGGGGCCCCCGGGGCCCCCUGGGGCCUCGGGUGUACGCUGCAUUGUAAAGAGAAGCUGCUUCUUUUACUCUGAAGCAGAUAUCUUGAAGAAGAAAGCUUCCUUGCUGCAGGCUAGGCGGUGGGCUGCUACUCAGCUGCUGCUAGGGGAGCAGCUCUGUGUCUUAGGGGCCCCCGUAAGAGGUACUGAGACAGCAGUUGAGUUUCUGCAGAGGGCCCCCUGGGUAUGGGGAGCUGCAGAAGAAGCAGAUGUUGCUGCGCUCUCCAGAUUGGGGCCCCAGCAGCUCCGUGCUGUCGCACACAACGCAGAAGCUGAAGGAGCAGCAGGAUUCCCUGCUGCUGCUGCUGCUGCUGCUGCUGCUGCUGCUGCUUCCGUGUCUCCGAACGCAGCCUUUCUCCCACCCAACAGCAGGGGCUCUGCCUCUCACCCCCAUUUCAACGCCAGCCCAGAGGGUACAAUGGCGAUAGGGCCCCAGGGGGGGCCCCCAGGGGGCCCCCCAGGGGCCCCGCAUGUAGUUGCAGCUGAGGGUACUGCCUGGGGUGACUGGAAUAGUUCACAAGGUUGCAUGCAGCAGGGGGCCCCUUUCGGGGCUAUGGGGGCCCCUUGGGGGCCCCCGUUAGCAGAUACAGCGUUGGAGGAGGGAGGGGGAGGGGGGCCCCUGGGGGGCCCUUGUGGGGCCCCCAGCGGUUUGGGUAAGAAAGGCAAGCAGCGCACGCGUCCUUAUCGUUCUGCUGCUCCUUUAGAUGAAGCAGCAGCAGAAAGACAGCGCUCUCAGAAAGCUGCUGCUGCUCGUGUGCGGUGGAUGCGGUACCGGCUGCAGCAGGAAGCAGAGGCGCAGCAGCUACCAGCAGCAGUUGCUGCUUUAGGAGAUAAAACAAAUGUACAGCCUAACACACUUAACUCCAUCCCUGCUUUUUUCCCUAUGUAA